AUGGAAGCUUUCAGAUACGUCCUCAGCUUCUGUUGGAAUUCACAAACACAUCUUUUGAAAUUAAAAGGGCGUUUCCGCCUUCUUCCGUUUCUGCAGCAGUGGAUAUCUCUAGGUUUGUCCUCUGAUAUGAGUACAAAUAUAAUAAUUAUUCUUUCAAUGUUUUAUUGACUUGAAAUCCCAAUGCACAUAUGAAUAUAUUGCUUUGAGAGUAAGGGGUAAUUUUUCAAGUUCCACAAUACAUUGGGCUCUUCAGUAAAUUACCCCUUGGUUUGUUUCAUCGUGGUCGUUCGAUGGCGCUCCACGUGACAAAAUCUGACUGGGCUAAUAACAAUUCUGGAGUCUUCAUCCUAAUUAUAAAUGCCAUUAGAUAAUCAUUUCGUCUGGCUGAAAUUUCUCCUUAUUUGUAUUCAUGCCCUCGUUCAUGGGUUGCCCUAGGGUCGUGCCUAUUUUUUUCCUAAUCCUGUUCUACCGAAACUAAAAACUUUUAUCUUGUACAAAAUAUGAAAAGUGGGCGAAAAUGGUUCUUCAAUUUCUUUUUAGAUUUUAA